GAACAUCGUCUCCUCUUUCGCCCUUCGCUUCUCCCGAGCUCGAAAACCGCCGAAGGAACCCUAACCCUAACUCCUCCAUGAGAGCUCCCUCCUCGUCCAUCGAGAGCGAGUAAUCUACGGGAAUCGAACGCGAGAUUGGUUUAGAAGCCAUGUCCGCCAGAUUGCUGCGACGAGUCCUCAAGGAGCAGGAGGAGAAGCGGCUUGGAUCCUCCGAACCGGACCCCGACCUCGCCAUCGACGCCGAUGGCGAUGAGGAGUCGGGGUCGCCCCCCGCCUCCGCCUCCGCUUCCAUGAACCCGUUCGACCUCCUUGACGAUGACCAGGAAGAUGAAGUGGAAGCUUCUGUUGGAGAUCUACCACUAAAUGUUAGCGAACAUCAAACUAAGGUCAGGAAUCAAAUAUGUGUAAUUCCUCCUUCCAAACGAAAAUCAAAGAAAAAGAAGAAAAAGAACAAAGCAGAUUCCUCAUCUAAAACAAAUUUGAAAGAUGAAAAGUCAUUAGAUGCAAUUCUUGAAGAUUUAUCUAUUGGUCCAAGCCCUCCUACUCAUCAGACCUCACCUCAGAGCACUAAUGUAGUCAGUGCUGAGGCUCAGAGAAAGACACAAUCACUUAGCACAUCCUCUGUCCUAACGGUGGAUCCCAAAUUUUUAAAAGCUGAAAACGAGCUGCGCAAGAUAUUUGGUUCUAAAGUUGUUAAUUCUUUUGAAAAUCAUCAAAGUGGCGGUAGUUCAAGGCAAAUACACGGUGGAAGGCGUGCAGCUCAUAACCCAAGAAAGACGCUUCUUAUUUCUCCAUCAAGCCAUUGGCCUCGAUGGGAUUGGUCCAUGUCAAUGGAACUUCUUGAAACAAAGGAUGGUGUUAAUUAUUUCAGGUACGUGCAUUCUGAUUCUUGUGCUCAUGCACAAGAAGCAUUUGAAGCUGCCAAAGCUGCUAAUGAUCUCAAUGCUAUUGCAAGUAUUCUGGCUCAUUAUCCAUACCACGUAGAAUCUCUUUUGACCUUUGCCGAGGUUUUCAAGUAUUCAGGGGAGCAUCAAUCAUCUGCUGAUGCAAUUGGGAAGUGCUUAUUCGCACUAGAGUGUGCAUGGCAUCCUUUAUUUAGCCCCCUACAGGGUAAUUCCCAAUUAAAAUACAACCAUGACACAAAUAAGCCAUUUUUCUCUGCCCUCUUCAGCCAUAUGAAGAACAUGGACCGGCGUGGCUGCCAUCGAUCAGCCCUAGAAGUAUGCAAAUUUCUUCUAUCGCUAGAUUCUGACGAUCCAAAGGGGGCUCUCUUUUGUAUCGAUUACUUUGCUUUAAGGUCACAAGAAUAUGAUUGGUUAGAAAGGUUCGCUGAGGAGUACAGAACAGACAGCUCCUUGUGGUUAUACCCUAAUUUCUCGUAUUCCCUUGCCAUUGCUCGUUUCUAUCUUGAGCGUGAUUCAGCACAAAGGGAAGGUGCCGCUAGUACUGAAAAGGCAGCAUCUCUCGAUCUCAUGAAACAAGCUUUAAUGCUUCACCCUCUAGUUCUCAAGAAAUUAGUUGCAAAGGCGCCUUUGAAGGAUUCUACGUGGACCCAAAUACUCAAAAAUUCGUUCUUUGGAUCAGCCAAACCAGGGAGCCCGUCUUUGGAACACCUGAUUGAUAUAUAUGUUGAGCGCAGUUAUCUUAUGUGGAGGUUUCCGGAGUUACAAAAUUUGUUGAAGGAUGCUGCUCUCCUGGUGAUUGAAUUGCUUAAACAGAAUAGCAGGGAAGCCCAGGACUGGUCAUGCGUUAGAAAAGAGGCAUUUUCUUCAGAAAAGAAUGAGUAUUCCCAUCUAAUGGUCUCGGAGUUCUCCGAUACAAUUCCAUCUCUUCCUCCAGAAGAACUAAGGCAAAUUAUGGUGGGCCCGCAAGUGGUGCAUGAGAUGCAAGGUGUUGUAAGAGAAGAGAUUCACGAAGCAGCUCAUGCUCCUCCACGCGAAGUCGCAGGUCGAAAUGCUGCAAUAAUCUUUUUAGAGUCACUACUUCCGUGGGUUGAUUACGGGCAUGAUGUGCAGCAAGAUGAUCAUGAUUAAAGUAUGGUCUACUGAUUGAGCCCGUUGCGUCAUUAGUGCUGUUUGGAGUUGCAAACAAAGAGUGGAUUGCAAAGGCAGUCCAUGAAGGACAUGUUAUUCAUCAAAAGAAUGGGCACAUAAAUUGGUGAGAUCCUACCUGAUUCAAUCGUAAAAUUCUGCGGUGAGCUUGUGGUGAUGAUCAGUUGCAGUUAUCGUUACCGACCUUUUCUUCUGUUCGUCAUAUUUGUGUUUCGGCUGGUUGAGGAGUUUCAAUUACUUGUCAAUCAAUAUGUUUAACUAUAUGGAUCCUUAUCAUGGGUAACAUAUAGGAAUUUCAAAACGAACACCCCAAAAAACCUAGAAAAUAAUUAAUAGUCCGUAAUUUUCAGUCAGAUGAAAUUUUGUCAAUUUCCUAUCCACUUGUUUCUUGAUUUUCCCAAGCCCUUUCGCAGCCUUUGCUUGUUAGGGCACACAAACAAAGAAAUCAUUUUCCUGUA